UCUUGUUUCGUUGCCUAUUUAAAUAUUGUGAAUGACCUGUGUGCACCUACGAAUUUUGGAAACAGCUGUAAAAUACGACUGUCAGCUGUGGACUACGUACGCAUUUGUUAUUUGCGCGGAAAUGAAAAACAAUCGUCUUUUAAAAAGUAGAUAUGCAUUUUGUUUUUAAUUAAACACACGAUGAAUGACUUGCGCACACUUUGCCGUACUUGUGGCACAACAAUAAAUAAGGAGCUCGACACAAGGCUUUUUGAGGAAUUCAGCUACCAUUUAGUAACUUUAAUCGAAGACAUAACCGACAUGUUGAUUGAAGAUGAUAACAGCCUGCCGGAGCACAUUUGCAUUAGCUGCAAAUCCAUAUUGGAUCAAAUUGUAAAGUUUCGUGCGAGCUGCCUUGAUACUCAUAAGAAACUAUUGGCGGAAAAAGUAAAGAUCAUUAAUAGCACAACAGAUGUGGAAACAGUGUUAGCUUUCGACAAAAUAAGUGUUAUAAAAGAAAGUUACAAUAGCCAUGAUGAACUACAACAGGCAAAAAUAAAAGAAUCAGAGACUCCCCUAAAAAGUACGCCUCUCUUUAAGUGCAAGAAAAUAAACAAACCCGAGAAAACCAAAGACAGGCGCACAAGAACAAAAACAUGGAUUUGCGAACAGUGUGGCGGAGAAUUUAGAUGCUCCACAUAUUUAAAAUUACAUAUGUUGCGUCACACAGGCACAAAGGAAUUCGAAUGUGACAUUUGUAAGAGCAGAUACUAUACCAAAAACGAGAUGCAGCGCCAUAAGAUCUUGCACACGAACGCAAGACCAUAUUCGUGUCGUUUUUGUAACAAAACAUUUCGGGGCACGAGCAGCAAAGCAGUUCAUGAAAGGACUCAUACGAACGAAAGGCCAUUUGCUUGCCAAUAUUGUGAUAAAACCUUUACAUCCACUUCAGUUCGAAAAAUGCACGAGCGCGUGCAUGUGAAUCAUCGAAACUAUCACUGUGAACCGUGCGACCAAUGGUUUUUACGACCUUCACAUUUGUUAUUACAUCAACGCACCAAACUGCAUAAGAGUAAAACUAAUAGUGACUAGAUGCCUUAUAUCUCUUGCCUGUUCG